AUGCGACCUUUGCUUUCCCUUUCGAGGUCCCUUCCACUCCUAGCAGCGGCACAAACCGACAACUACGUAGGCGGUGCUGGCAUCAUAUCACCAGGAGGACCUUCGGCCGUCAAUGCUUCCUUGGAGGCCACAGAACUGGCUGGUCGCCAUCCCAAUGGAACCGCUUCAACCACGUUCCAACGUCUCGUCGACGAUACUCAAGAAACAUGGACAUGGCGUGUGAACAUUACCGACAUCGCUGUUCCCAACGAACCUACGAACCUCGGAAUGUCCUCGGCGAAUUCUUCUGAGCACCUACAUAUCGUCAAUACUCAGUGGGAACUCCAGUGGCCUGAUGACAACAACGCUAGCGAAAGCUUUACGGAUUUCCUCAGGAGAAUCGACUCAAAGGCAUAUUUCAACGCCAUUAUUGUGAAUCUGCUGUCCAACAUCACUCGAGCGUAUUCGAACCAGACCAACGGAAAUUGUACGGCCGUACUCGGGGACGACUGCGUUCGCUCGAUAGAAUCCGCUGCAUCUACUGGCAAUUAUCUGAAGACCUCGGAUCUUACAGGUUGUGCGAGUACUCUGAAUGUGGCUCGAACUGAUACUGGAGCCGAUCUUGGGUUCGAAAUCAGCUCUGCCUUCAUCGAUCGCAAUGUCUCUUCGCCCGAGCUACAGCCAUACGGAACCUUAUUCUAUUCCACCUCCCGCACCUUUACGAGUGACAACCUUACUUUGUUCAAUGAAGCGGAGAGCGCGGUGCAAUUAUUCAUCAUGCAAAUUGUGCCCUUGAACGCGUCAAAGAGCAAUACUGAUGCCACUGUGCUUUGCCAGAUUGUUGAUGGAUCCAAGACAUCUGGAGCCAUAAGCUGGCGUCAAAGCUCGGCAGCAGCUUGGGCGGUCGUCAUGACGGCGUUCAUUGUCAUGAUGUGUCAGUAG